AUGGCCGAAAAUAAAGAGCAGCUAGGUGACAGGUACUUUGAGGACCGAGACCUGACGCUGCCCACUCUUCCCUCCAUCAGCACAAAGUUCUCCGACUGGCAGGCAAUGGAGGAUAGGGACCGUCUGAGCCAGGCCUCGCACAACCUGCACAUCUUCUGGACUCACCUGGACGUGAAGAGAAGGCAGCUGGAAACAGAGCAUCAGAGACAGAGGGUGGGGAAGGACAGUUUCCUGCAGGGUCAACGCGCCCCUUCCAUUGAGAAGGCCAUGCUCAGCGUGCAGAUGGACCUGCGUGACCUCAUUGAGCAUGUCAGUGCCCAGCUGCACAGGUUAAACGGCACCUCUGUCUCUGGGCCCACCCCCAGUCCUGUCCUUGACUCCACCCCAUUGGAGACAUCUAGCUCCUCCCUUCUGCUCCCCACGCAGAAGCUGUGGUCCAGUCGGCUGCAAGGCUAUGUGAUCCUUCGGGACCUGGGCCGCUACAUGGAGAAGCUGGUCCGCGAAUUCAUUCUCCUGGCAACCAAGCACCACGUAUAG